CAUAACAAAAUGAAGCGGGAAACCCCACAUCGCCUUAGUAUUUUUACCGGCGCAGCCGCAGCUAGCUAGCGUUGUUCACGCUAAUUUGCUAACAGGCGCAGCUAACUUGGAACUAACAUGGAUUAAAUCCUUCCCGCUGCCUUUUGUAGCACUCGCUUGCGUGGAUUCCCAGACGUCAUCACCGCUGCAUAGCGAGGAGUGUCUGAGUUUGAUGGGCCAUCCCAGACGCCGGGUGACAUUUCGUCCCCAGUCCGACCGGAUGCCACAUAAAAAAUUCAGUCAAGCGAGAAGCCGGGAGGAAUAUGCAGCUCAUCCCACCCCGGCGUGUGCCUCUCAGUGGGGAGUGCAAGGAUAAGUGGUGGGAGAGGAGCCCCGGAAACAGAACGGCGAGAACAGGCGAGAUGAGGCCGACAUGGCGUUCUUUCACUGCGGAUUAGCAUCAAGGCAUCAAACAGAGGAAGGGAUUUUUCUCCCAAGGAGCUUCCCACCUCCUCUCUUCCUCUCUCUUAUAUCCUUUGCCUGGCUGAGUCUGAGUAAGGUCAUGUUUAAUGUCGAGUCCGCUUUACAGAGGAGCACUGACUGCAGCAACAGGCAACUCUGGCCCUGUGAGGGUUCGUGCACAGUCGCUGCCAAACCGUGGAGUCAUGGGCUGCGGGCUGCGCAAGAUGAAGCCGACGUCAGAGGACAGCAGUCCUGGCAAGAUCUACUCCACGCUGAAGAGGCCGCAGGUGGAGACCAAGGUGGGCGUGGCCUACACCUAUCGUUACCUGGACUUCCUAAUUGGAAGAGAUGGUGGGACGUCCACGCUGCGCCUCUCGUCUGUGCGGGAGCUGCCGGGUCAGCUGCAGGAGCUCUACCAGCAGGGGUUCGUCCUGGCGGCGGUCCACCCGUUCAUCCACCCCUGUGGUCCAGAGUCCAACGGCCCACAGCACCAGCUCUACCGGGCCAUACUGGUCCGGAUCAGCGACGGGGCAGAGAGGAGCCAGCCGCUCGGCGCUCCACACAAGCUGCAGCUGGAGGAGUGUCUGUCUGCAGAGCAGGUGCCCACGCCUGAGCUCAUCCAGGGCUACGUCAAGAAGAUUCAGGACGCUGCAGACCAGGGUGUGAUGUUUGUGGGCUUCGUCCAGGAGCCGUACGGGGCCCCGUGCACCCGGAUCGGAGCGCCGGACACCCCCUCCCUGUCCCUGCACUCCAGUCCCAGCUCCGUGUUCGGCUCGUUGGGCAGCUGCAGCCCCUCCAACCCCUCCAGCCCCGUCAACAGCGCCGAACCCGGAGCCCGGGUCCAAACGGCGGAGGAGGGGAGGGAGGAGACCCCCUGCCGGGCCGAGGACGGAGCACCGGGCGGGGAGAGGAGUCCCACUGGGAACACUGGGAACAUUUGGAGCCGCUCCGCUGGCGUGGAGAGCAGCCAGGACAAGGCGUCGCCCGCGGCUUCUCCAGCAUCAGAGGCAGACGUGGAGCACAGCAGGGAGCUGACGGAGGCGGACUCGCCCUGCCACAACAACAACAAAGGCCGAGAGACCAAGGAGAGGCAGAGGUACCGCGUGCGGAGAGGAGCUGGCGCUGAACUGCUGGCGUUCUACAACCACCCGCCGGUCCGACAGGGCCAAGUCAAGUACUACACGGUCAAGGUGCCGCUUCGGGUCCAAAACUGUGACGAGGGGGUCAAAGGCGUGGAGGCCAACUGGCUGGAUCACAUGACGCAGCACUUCAACAACGGAGCCUCCCUGGUUGACGGCUACUUCUACCUGGGCACCGGCAACGAUUCGCUGUCGAAGUCGGUGGAGAGCGUCUUCAUCUUCCAGGAGGCGGGUGAGGGGGAGGACGGGGCGCCCCCCAUGUACGACGCCAUCGUGGUGGAGCAGUGGACCGUCAUCGACGGUUUGCAGGUGAAGGCCGAUUAUGUUCCGCUGCUACAGUCUCUAGCUACAUAUGGAUGGAGACUCACCUGUGUGCUGCCGACCCCCGUGAUCAAGACAAACAGUGAUGGAAGUCUCGCCACCAAACAGAUUGUUUUCCUGCAGAGGCCCGUCCUGGGCCGAAAGAGGAGGGAAUCCAAGAAACUGAUCUUCAAGGCCCGAAGCAAGUCCAACAAGAACUGCGUUAAAGACACCGCGAAAAACAAGAAGAAAAAAAACAAGACGGACAAAGACGCAGACGAUCCCAAAAUUCUAGAUGACAGAGAAAAGGCUGAAAAGGACGACAAGAAGAGCAGCGAUGAAAGGGUGAACUCAGCAGACGUCGAGUCAGCGAGAGAAAAUGAGACAUCAGAAGAAAGGGAAGUGAGGUGUGCAAAAGAAAGAAAGAUUGAUGGCGGGGUUGAAAUCAGCAUAGUGACUGUCAGCGAGAAAGAUGGAGGACCUGAGACGAAAGACAAAGCAGCAGAAGAAGCAACACUGGAUGAGGAGAGAUCAGAGGAGAAUGGAGAGCCCGUAGAAGUGCAGGACGUGGCAGAAGCUGUGGCGGAGAGCGAGACCAAAGACCGGGAGGACGAGGGCGCAGCGGAGGCUGCGGUGGAGAGCGGGAUAGAGACGGAUGAGUAGGAAGACGAGGGUGGCGACGGCGGGAUCAAAGCCCACCGAGAAGAACGGGCCAUGAGACGUGGCAGAGGUCCAGGAGGAGCCCGGCGCCGUCCAAGGCGUCCCCCGUCUCCCGUCCCUCGUCCCCCGUCUUCCCGUGCCCCUUCCCCUGUCUCCCGUCCUCCCGUCCCCCGUCCUCCCGUCCACCAUCCCCCGUCCUCCCGUCCCCCGUCCUCCCGUCCCCCGUCCUCCCGUCCCCCGUCCUCCCGUCCACCAUCCCCCGUCCUCCCGUCCUCCCGUCCCCCGUCCCCCGUCUCCCGUCCUCCCGCCCCCCGUCCUCCUGUCCCCCGUCCUCCCGUCCCCCGUCUCCCGUCCUCCCGUCUCCCGUCCUCCCGUCCCCCGUCUCCCGUCCUCCCGUCUCCCGUCCUCCCGUCCCCCGUCCUCCCGUCCCCCGUCUCCCGUCCUCCCGUCUCCCGUCCUCCCGUCCCUCGUCUCCCGUGCCCCGUCUCCCGUCCUCCCGUCCUCUCGUCCUCUCGUCCCCCAUACUCCCGUCUCCCAUCCUCCGUCCCCCGUCCUCCCGUCCUCUCGUCCCCCAUCCUCCCGUCCUCCCGUCCUCUCGUCCCCCAUACUCCCGUCUCCCAUCCUCCGUCCCCCGUCCUCCCGUCCUCUCGUCCCCCGUCCUCCCGUCCCCUGUCCUACCUCUCAACAUCCCACCAGCGGGUUCACUGCGCUGGACGGCGUUGGUCCCCGCGGCUGCAGCCUUCCCUCAAGCCCAUUCCCCACAGCUUGGCACAGUGUAGCUGCACAAUGAUUCCAUGUAACUGCAGACAUCAGUCCUACUGUAUAACUACACAUAUGAAUGUAUAUACGUGAGACUGGGAUGUCUGGAGCAGGACAGGCGACGCAGAGGCACUGGAAUAACCAGAGGACAGAUACGAGCUGAGUGGAUCCCUGGACCAUGAAAGUCCUGCUCAAAACUGAAAUCAAGUAAAAUCAGUUCAUGCAAACGCAAAUGAGUGAUUUGUGGAUUUUUUUCUUAUUUGUAAAAGCUACAGAUGUUCUGUGGCGCUGACCAAACUGGAGGAAGCCGUGGUAUUCGUUUGCUGUGUCACAACAUUGACUUUUAUUUCAUCUCCUUCGGUUCAGACGUCAAAUCUGAGCUUAUUGUAAGUUGUUGGUUAGCGCAGAUGAACUGAGGCCUCGCGUGUGAGCAGCAGGUCUGUCUGAGGAGCCACACAUUAACCCUGUGAGCGAUUCCUCUGAGCGUCCAUGCAGGGACCAUGCGGUCCUUCCUGUGCCUGUGUCGCAUGCUGUGAUGUGGGGCGUUCAGGCACAGGUGACGCCACAGGCGUUCGUUGCGACAGGCAAUCCAAAGGCGGGGGGAGAUAACUGUUUACGUGGAGCUUCACAGAGAGCUGCUAAUCAGGAGCUCGGAGCUCACCUUCGUCAGAACGGCUCAGACUCAAAGCGAGGUCGAGCCCAGCGUUUGCGGCUUCACUUAAGCGUACUCCUGCAGCGGUGUUUGAAUUCUUAACAAAGCACUUAUCGCUGUGGAAACAAGGUCACGCUGCGCGGCCUUGGUUACGUAUCAAGGCCAGAGCUGACGACACGAAGAGGUCAAAGGUCAGAGAGAGCGACGGCACAGCAUAAGGAAGUCAAAUCAACGGAGGGGAGAGGUUCAUUCAAUGGGCGUCUCUCGCCCCUGUUGUGACCGCCCCCAUUAUUUCACCUCUGCAUCUUGCGAGGCCUCAUUCGUGACAAUAACGAGUCGUAAUGUGCCGCUCCGUGGCGUCGUAGCGUUCAUUCACAACGGCCGAGCGGAGGGGGAGGGGGGGGGGGGGGGGGGGGACGCUCCUCGUGGAGUUCUCAUUAGCUCACUAAUGGAUUUUGUCGGUGGGGGAUCUGUCAGAAAUCAUGCAUUUAUAAUGGAGGUCACUGCAGGGGGAGAUAUUGACAGCAAAGCACCUCAACAUGUCAAGCAAAUAGCCUUCAGAUUAAAGGUGAUGUCAUAGGGAGUCAUUUGCACUGAGGACAAAAAAAAGCUUCGUUUUCUAAAGAAACAGCACGAACCUCAUCAUGAACAUUCACACGAACCAGGAGCUGAAACUACCUACUCUGCUUUACACACAUUUGAUUUGUAAUAAUUUGGAUUCCGUGUUCAUUGAGAAUGUGACACAUGACCAGCUGAUGAAGUCAGUGUGUCCUUGUGCACAUGGAACUCAGUUACACAGACGUGAGACUGGAUAAGUGCAUUCUGGGGGAUUCGUCCUCGCGCCGCUGAGAUUUGUUUGGUUUUCGUCUUUUCUUUCAGUGUAAAAGUGGCACAUGUGUUUGUGUAGAGUAGGAUCUGAAAGUAACUGUGACCAGUUUAGCCUUAUUACUAUACUGUAAAUGACCCACAGUCUGGUAUUAGUACUGGCCUUUAGAGGCGCCAUGAUUUACGUGUUACAUGUUUGUUCUAGUCACACGGGACCUUUGGCUUCAGUCAGUGUUGGUAUUUUGAAGCAGUUCUUUCCUGUUUUAUUACUGAAUUCCGUCCAUAUGAAGGUCCUGCGUUUGGGAUUCACAGUAUUUUGGAGGUGUUUUGAACAUGUUUUAGUUCCUGUGGACUUUCCUGUGUUGCCACUGCUGUUUGGCUAAAGCUAAAGCUAGCUAUAAUGUACUGACUGAUGCUUCGAGCUACCUCCUGAGGCCUCUUGUUGGUUUUAGACUGAGGGGUCACCAGACCUGUGUGUUUAGGGUCAUCGCUAAUGGCACAUAAGGUCAAAGGUCACGUCUGAUUGACAGUGGCUUUUCCACAGCUGUUCACAUCUGCGCAGCCACGUAACCAAGCUAUGAAGUCAUAUCAUAACAUGCGUGUGGCGUUUUCUUUCCUGUUUUAAUUCUCUCGGCCGCUUUCAGCUGCUGGAUGUCUGCGCUUUAAUAAGCACUUAUUGUAUUCAUGAAAUAUUCGAUGUUGCCUCUUGCAUCAGCUGCUGGGGAGCAAAUGAGCUGUCACGCGUCUGUCAGAACAUGACAAAUAUGAAUUAUGAAGGCAAUAUGAAAAGACAGCUUUCGGUCGCUGACCAGAUCUUCAGAAAUGUUUAAGAAAUUUCCCAAUUCCUGGUCAGCUGAUCUUUUAGUUUUCAUUCUCUCUGUUGAAAUGUUCAUUCUCAUUCGCCUUUUUGUAACUGUAUAUUUGUUCCAUCAUUCCUGCCUUCCUCCUUUGUGUUUUUUUAACAGUGUAACUCUUAUUCCCCCUGACAUCCUGUGAGAACAGGUACAACUGCAGGAGGAGCGUGGAGAGUGUGCGUUGCUUUUCCUCCCGCUUGGUUCCAGUUGCACAUUCACAAACAUGGCCGAUCGUGACCUGUCAGACGUUGAACCCGUGCCUGUGUUCUCCAUUAAACCUGGGGGUUUAGACCUCCAUCUCCUCCUGAUAGGGGUCGAUUGGUGGCCUGCACAGAGUGCUGUACACCCUGGAGUCUGUGGUUAAAUGUUUUUUCUUUUUUUUUAACGACAGGCAGACAGUGUGACAUGCAGCUCAGAGAGGCUCACGUUGAGGGUAAAUGUGCAUUUCCAGGUCAUUCAAACCUUCCUGCGUGACGCUGGUAACGCUGUAACGGUUCAUUUCCUGUGCGCUACUAUGAUGUGAACCUCGGAACAGGACGCCGUCGGUUCUUUGUGUUGUCAUUGUAGCUCGCUCUGAAACCUCUGAAAAUGUGUUCUUGUUUUUUUCCGUUGCUUUUUUUAUCCCUCGGCUGCCAUCUUGAAUGUUGACUAUCUUUGAUCAUGAGCUCCUGUCACUUGCAUAGCAUUGUUUGCUAUCAAGCAGGAAAAGCAUUGUCUAUCUUUGCCCUCCCGACUACGUUCCACAUUCCUGUUGUUCAUGACAUCUGUACAAUUUGUAUAUUAUAAAAUGAUUUAUAUUUAA